AAAUAAAUCCAAGACUGCUUCCUUGGCUCGCGUUAGCCUGUUGUCAUAGAAACCCAUGGAAAAUUGAAGUGUCAGUGGUCGUUCAACUAGUUGUGGUGCCAAUGUUUGAUGGUGGUUUCAUGUACCGCACAAAGUUAAACAGAGUACGACAACGUGUAUUGCGUUCUUUUUGUCGUUAAGAAAGGGUAAGGAGUUAAUGCUGGCCUAACGCAGCUGUUUUAACACAGCACCUCAAGCCGCAAUACAGUGCAGCUGCGUAUUUUUGUAUUCGCCGAAUCAAGGCAAAUGACAAGGAUCACUGCAAUGUUUCUUUUCAGCGCUAGUGUUUUUAACAACGAUUACAUGUAAAAAAAAAUUGUUAUUCUGGAGUAUAAUAUUCCCAUAUGACAAACUGAUUUACAUUCUUCCAAGUGGAAUUCACCUGUAUUGCAAACAUGGAGAAUGCUGAAUGGGACCUUUCAGAAGACAAACAAGAACAUUCUGCUGAAGAUCUCAAAUGUCAUAAAUCAUCAUUGCAGGUCAUUGCAACAGUCUCAUCCAUUAGAGAAUCUUAUGAGAGAAGAAGCCCUUUUCGCAGUCAACAUACCACACUAACAUCACUACCUCCUGAACCAAAAAAGAUGUGUUUACCUUUUAAUCUGCAUUGGUGUUUUGGAUACAGUGUGAACAAACCAGUAUUGAACCUUACUACAAAUGUGCAGUCAUACAUCUUCUAUGUUAGUUCAAAUGUUGGUAUAUUAUAUGAUUAUAUUAACAAAGAGAUGAGAUUGCUCCAAGGACAUAUAAACCAUAUCAGUUCAUUUGCUAUUGAUGCAAAAGGCAGGUGGAUUGCAACAGCUGAUGCAGGAAAGGACAGUGCAGUUAUAAUAUGGGAAACUGAGAAAUGUGUUCCUAUUCUUACACUCUUUGACCCUCAUGGUGAAUAUGGAAGUAGAGUUGUAGCACUGAGCCACAAUGCAAAAUAUCUAGUAAGUGUUGGUGGUGACCCAGAGCAAACACUUGCAUUUUGGGUAUGGACAUAUGGCAGUGAGUAUCCUGAAGAGGGAGACACUAACACGGCAAUGUUCAUCUGUGGCACAAUAAUGUAGAAGGUGUCAUGAAACCUACUAAGAGAAAACUCCUUAUAUUUUGUAUGUUUAUGUACAAAUAAAAGCUGAUUUCUUGUAUUUCCAUCAUGUUUGAGUAGAAUCACUUGUAUCAGAAACAUUUGCUUCAGAAACAAAUCUAAAAACUUCAUAUAAAAUUCAAAGAAAAUUGUUAUUUUGAUUACAUCAAAAUUUAUGUGUGUAAUGACAUAUUGGGUAUUUUUGAAUAUUGA